GGCGUUAUGGGCGGUGGAGAAAGCGGGGCUUCAGGGGCCGGUGGGUGGCCAGGGAAGAUGUGGGGGAGUGGGCACUAACGUAAUUCGGGCUCCCCGCCUUCUGCGGGCCGAUCGUUCGUCAGACAGUUGUCCGUACCGAUUCCAGUGUGAAGGUUUGCUCCAGUGAUAAUAUGGCCGUACCACAGCAGGCUGGAAUACCUGGCCUAGAUGCACAGCAGACUCUCUUGGCCACAGUCAGUGGAAAUGUACAAAAAUAUUCAGUCAAGAAGAAGAAGGUCCUCAAUGCAGAAGAGCUGGAGCUGUACGAGCUUACUCAAGCAGCUGGUGUGGUUAUGGACCAGGAAGUGUUCAAAAUAAUUGUGGAUCUGUUGAAGAUGAAUGUAGCUCCAUUGGCAGUUUUCCAGAUGCUGAAAGCUGUGUGUGCAGGACACAAAAUUGCAGAGGUAUCCUCAGCUGAAACACCAUCCACAACAACGCAGAGCAGUUUGGCAGACUCCAGAGAACAUUCGUUUAUCUCCGCAAAGAGCAGUAAAAUCCCAGCACUCUCCUUUUCUUCCGCCCUUCGAUCUCCAAGACUGGGCACUAAGAUUGUGGUCUACAGCCCUGCUGAUGCUUGCUCACCUCUCUCUCAAGGUCCCCCUGGUUCCUUCCAGUUUUCUUGCUGCCUGUUCUCGCCCUUCUCAGUGAGAAAUAAAUCCAGCACUGCUAUCAGUGGCUCACAGACACAGACAGAGCGAAGCACCACCCGCGAAGGAUGCAGCCAGCGUAUGCCGCGCCAGCCGAGUGCUACCAGAGUCCCCAAGGGCAACAGUACCGGGAAAACUACUGCAGCUGGCAGCAGUGCACACACAACAUCUGGCCAGUAGACUGAAAGACAUCUAGCACCUUACAAACAUGCCUGUGUCAUUGGGUAGAGGGAAAUUAAAGCAGGGGUACUGUCCUUGUAUAUUGUUUUGCUUCCUGUGUAAUUAUGUAGAGCACACAAUAUGCUAUCUAUUUUGAGUUUUUAAAUAGCUUGUAUAAAGUCCAUCCUGGGGACCUUGACUCAGAAAUAAAGUGUGAUGCAUAAUCUGCAAAGAGCGGGAUAGAAUUUGAACUAAUGGUCAGUUUUGAUAUGUGUGAAGUCCCUGAUGUCUUGAAACCCAUAAGUUAAAACCAUCUUGUAUUCAUAUAUUUUAAAACAAUACCAAUGUUGAAACUGUAAACCACAAUGACAAUAAUAAUUAAAGAUGUGCAUUUAAAAUUUAGUGAUAAAAUCAAGAAAAGGGCAAUGUCCAUUUUUUUAAGAAAACAUAGACUCUAUUGUUCCAAUUAAUGCAGUCCCAGGUCCUUGGGAAGAAAAGCUUUGAUAAUUCUUGACACUGAAGAAUCUCAUGAAAAAUUCAUUUCUAGGGAACCAUUUCCCCUUUGUACCAUUAACAAAACCAAAGUACAACCCCACCAGAAACCAUGUCAAAACACUCCACAAUGAUGGCCUCCAGAUAAGUAUGUUUCAUUGAUUUUUUUUUUAUGUAUACUCUCAUUGUAUAUAAUGGAUACAAUAAUAUCCUUCCUAAAGAUCACCAUCCAGUAUCCAUGUUUUUCCAUCAACUCAACAUACCUGGGUUCUUUGAACAGUGUCCAUCGAUACUGAGAUACUUUUCUAUACUGUAUAUAACUCUAGGACUUUAUUACGUUGCUUUAUCUUAGAAUUCUUGAACGGUAACAGCAGUCUGAAAGGUGACAUCAAGUCGUAUUAGCCAGUCCACUGCACCUGCAUGUUUAAUCCAAGGAGAAUUUAUCAGAAAGGUACUCUUAACAAUUUUACGUUAAUAAAUUUAAACUGCUUAAAAGGGACAUAAUUCCUAAGCCAAUCACUUGAAAUAAUUUUACUUUAAAAAUGUGCAAUCCUAAUAUGUUAAUAUGAUAAAUACCCUAUCGUGCCAAUUACUAAUGUUGAUAAGGAAAUUAUAUUUUAUUACAAGCACCUCAAAUUUCUUGACAUCAUCUGCUUCUGCAUUAAAACACUUCAGCUUCUCAUACUUAGUAAUGGUGUCAUUUAAAUGUUCCAAAGUGCACAAUGACCACCUUGAAGCUUUAAUAGCUUCCUAAUAGUUGCAGUUGGACUUUGAACUUUCUAUCCAAGUAAACUAGCUUCCCUGCCUCUACUCUCAAGUAUAAAACUAAUGUUAAUUCUGAUGGGAAUAUGCAGAAUUCUUUUCAGUGUUCCUAAUACUUCUGUCAAGUUUCUGUGAGGGAUUCUACAAAACCUCGCAUAAAAUUAAUGAACAGUGGUGGAGCUGGGCUUGUUGCGCACAGUGUUGCAACCUGCUUCAGCUACCCAGGGAAGAAAACAUCAAUGGCUGUGCAUGGAGGUGGUACACAAUCCAAUGAACUGGGUGAUUGUCUUGAUUGUUUUUGUUGUGAUCGCAAGACCCUGUUGGACAUUGGUUAGGAGGAGAAGAUGGCGGCGCGACACAACUUGCAGCGGCCACUCCGGUGAAUUAUAUCUCUUAUCUGUCAAGUAGGGUGUCGUGCACAAUCCUGAUUUGAUGGAGACAGACAUGAGAGCACUGAGGAACAUCUGGUGAAACUUCUGAAAUGCCUGUUUCGCUGCCGCUGCUACUGUGUGAUCCAGAAUCUCCGGAGGGGAAGGCCCUGAGUCCUCAACUUUGCUUGUUGCUCGGCGGCCAGGGUGGGGUUAAAGCUCUCGGCAGAGAUGGUGCUUGGUGUUGGCGGGCUAGUCGGAGGCUCGAAGUUUUCGGACGGACUCAGAGUCGGCUGCGGUGGGGUGCUUCCAAUGCAUCGGCAAGUUUGCGGUGCUUGGAGGUUCAUGGCAGGGAGAGUUUCUCCCAUCUACCGUCUGUGUGAGAUGAUGGGGCAAUUGGGACUAGAGACUUUUUUUUACCAUGCCCAUGGUCUGCUUUUUAUCAAAUUACGGUAUUGCUUUGCACUGUUGUAACUAUAUGUUAUAAUUAUGUGGUUUUGUCAGUUUUAGUCUUGGUCUGUCCUGAGUUUCUGUGAUAUCUUUCUGGAGGAACAUAGUAUCAUUUUUUAAUGCAUGCAUUUCUAAAUGACAAUAAAUGAGGACUGAGUGUCCUCAUAAUCUAAUCUAAUAUAGAAUACUGCAAGUCCAAUUGGGGGAGCCACGUGGCCUCAGUUGUGAUGCAGACCAGGCCCUCAUUCAUGCCUCGGUUGCCCAUCGCGGCCGCUAAGGAAGAAGACACCAAAGCUGGCAUUGGAUCCCAUGCUGUCUUUGGGGUAGGCACCGUCUAACGGUGCUGCUCUCCAGUGCAUUUGUCUGCAGCUGUAUCGUGUGACAUGAGAAACUGCUGCAGGCUGUUCUUGCAGAAACAUGGCUUCAGGACAACAUCAGUAAACCAGCAAUCUACAAGCCAUGGCACUCAGAGACUUGGGCCUCUGUAAAUUGUUAUUUUUAAUAUUUUUGUCACUAUGUUUAUUACUGUCAUACAGUUAUUCUGCAAUCAUAAUUAUAUGUGCUGUGUGCAACUGUUCUGUGUUUUGCACCUCAGUCCCAGAGGAAUGCUGUUUUGUUUGACUCUGUUUAUGUGAAUGGUUGAAUGACAAACUUGAACUUAAAUAGUAAAACUUGGGAAUCAUAAAGACAUCUCUAAUUUCUAAAUAAGUUUAAGUUUUCUCUUGAACAAAUUUUUACCACACCAUCCUAAUUUCUCCAACCCUCCAAUCCUAGAUACUUCACAAAAGAUUCAAGGGCAAUAAAAUGCAGCUUGGUUUUAUUAAUUUUCCACCUAUUAACAACACUAUAAACAAAAGUCUCAUUCCUAGCAGUCAUAUAAAAUUUGGCCUUUUUCUUCAUAUUUACUUCUAAGUCUGCUUUCAAACAAAAUCACUAAAUGAUCUUUGAACUCUUGCAUGCCCUAAUCCAAAUUGCUUACCAAAGUGUCACUGUUCGUAAAGGCUAAGGCACUAUAACUAUAAUCAAGACUAUCUAAAUAAAACCACACCCUACAUUAUCUAAUGUACCCAAUAAUAAAAUAUCCAUAACUGCAUUGAAUAAAAUAAGGCAAAGUGGGCCUCCAGGCUUAAGCUCUAUAGAUACAGUAUAUAUUUCAAUUUCCCUGCAUUACUCUCCUUCAAUGUAUGUAUGUUUGAAUAAAUGUCCACCACAAUGCCAACUAAAUGUUUUACAACAUUCAUAUAACAAAAUCUUUAUUGUUAUUUUGUGAGCCACUGACUCAAAAAUUGAUUAAAAAUUGCUGUUGAGUUCUUAUCAAAAGCAACACACAUAAAAUGCUGGAGGAACUGGAGUCUAGCAUCAUCUGAGGCCAUGAAUAGAUAGUCGAUGUUUUGGGCUAAGACCCUUCUUCAGUCCUGUGUUUGUUGCUUUGGAUUUCCAGCAUUUGUAGACUUUCUCAUGUUUAUGCUAAGUUCUUGCUCUUUUUGGCAACUUGCAUUAUAUUCUUCAAAACUGGUGAAUUUUGAUUUUCUUAAAGCCCUUCUGGAGUGCUAUUUAAAAUAAUGGCCCAAUCAAUCUUCUCAGUUUCUUUGUAAAAAAAAAUAAGUGGAGCUGAUCAUAGUGGGUCUCCAAAUAUUGAUGUUCUUCAGUUUAACUGGAUCAUCAAACACCGGCUGCAGCUGAAAACUGUGCUAAAUACCCUAUUUAGUUCCAUUUUCAUGACCACCUUCAAUUUUAAACUAUCCUGAUUGGCAACCAUACUUCAAUGAAACCAUUGAAGUGGAGGUGGGAUCAUAUGGCUUAAUGUUGUAGCCUGCUGUAAUUCACAGUAGUCAUCAAUAUCCUGUUUAGUGGGUGAGGACAUUGAACACAUCUGCCUUGCUGAUUACUUCUCAGCUGAACUCACUGGAGUUGAAGCUUCUGAUAUUUUUUGUGUGGAAAUGGAAGAUUAGAGGAAAGUGUGGCUUAAUUCACUGUUUGUACUCUUACAUUACUACCUUUCACUGUAUAUGUGAUUUUAAGAAGUGCUUAAAUGAUUGUACAAGUGAAAUUAAGGAUCAACUUUAUUUGCCAUAUACAUAUAUAUUUUUAGGAACUUGCUGUGGUGUAACAAAAGCAACAAUAUUCAACAAUUAUAAGAAUAAUGGAUUUUAUAAAUUAAGAGGUUAAAGUAUUGAUGUUGAAUAAAAUGCACUAAAAUGCCAGCAUGUAUUUUUCAAUGUAAAUGUGGCUUAAAGUGUUUACAGUGCAUUUUAAUGAUUGAAGUAAUAGAAGGGGAUGGAGAGCUGAUUAGAUUAGAUUAGAAUGAUCAAAUUAAAUACCUGGGAGAAGAAAUUUAAACUGGUAUGAAUUUCUUCCUUAAUAUCACUUUAGCACUUUUCAGAAGGAAGAUGAAAAUGGAUGCUGAUUAACAUUUCAGCUGGGUCACCAACUCUGCAAGCCCAUCUCACUGGACAAGUUUCUUAACAAAGCUAAGAAAGUAGAAUACUUUUAUUUAUAGAAGUGGGCAGUGGGUAUUAGACUUAGACCUUGAGCAUUAGAACUUCUGUUUCCCCUGUUUACUAAUUGUAGGGAAAAUUUAGGCUGCUCUGUCAUUCACCCAUAGCAUGCAGGCCUAUUUGUUUCUCUGCAGCAAGCAUAAUUCUUUAAAUUGAACUCUAACUGUAAGGAGAUAAUUUCUUACACUUAUGCUCCAUCACCAAAUUUGAGUAGUUUUAGUUUUCACAAUGACUGGAAUACAGUAAAACUGUUUAUCCGUAAGCUGUUGAUGUUUUAAUCCCGUACAUAUAUUUUUAUGCAUCUUCCAGGGAGAUUACAUUCCAACAAAAUGUAGUAUCAUCAAUUUGACACAUUUGGGUUCAACAAGAACAGGAAAACAAACUGGAUGAAAUCUUACCUUUCUUUUAUAGAUGAAGGAAAUAAAUUGCCUGAAUCAGUAAUUUUAACUUUGUACUAGCAGAAUGACUUUAUUUACUGAAAAUGCAAAUUUUAUUUUAAAAUUACUUCUCUCCCCUCCAUCUAAGGCAACAAUUCUGAUGUCUUUCUGUGUAAUACUUGUAUCAAGCCUCUUGUGCUGUGUGGCCUGCAGUGGAAAAGUCAGUUCCCUGCAUGAAUGAAGGAUUGAGCCAACCAGACCAAACUAUUUUAAAACUACAAACAACACACAUCAAAGUUGCUGGUGAAUGCAGCAGGCCAGGCAGCAUCUCCAGGAAGAGGUACAGUCGACGUUUCGGGCCGAGACCCUACAAAAUAAGUUUUCUAUCAUAUCCGCACAUCCAGGUAUUUCAGCUGGGAUGUGAUUUUGCUUUAACUGUACUUGAAGUCCAGUAGCUUUGCUUCCAUCCAUCCAGUUCUUACCUUGAUAUCAAACCAGUAUUAAUGCUGUGCAAAUCAGUGAUCUAAAUAGAGGUUAUUGGAUAACUUUACAAACAUUGGUAAGUUGGUUUCAAGUUAU